AUGUCUAAACCCAAGAUUAUCGGCGAACUAGUGAUUGUUGCAUACAAAGCUAGACACUUGCCUGAACGUGAGGUUAUUGGCAAGCAAGAUCCAUUUGUCGUUUUCCGUAUUGGCGAAGUGAUUCAAAAGACUAAAACUGAUUUAAGAGGCGGUCAACACCCGACUUGGGAUGAUCAGGUCACGCUUCCUAUUCCCGAGAAAAAGACAACCGUGUUAGUGCAGGUAUAUGACGAGGAUGGAAAGAGACAGGAGCUCAUCUCAGAGUGCGAUCUGGAUAUCACCAAAGUGUUGCAAGAAGGCGAGGAAGAUAACUGGUAUCCUUUGAGCUACAAGGGUCGAUCUGCUGGUGAGAUUUACUUGGAGUUGACAUUUUAUUCUGCUCGUCCUCCACCAAAACGCCAGCCUACAAGAUAUGGUAUGAGUAAAAAGCUCAAGCCAGUAGGAGGUUAUGUUCCUACUGUACCUCCUCCUCCAUCAGGUCACGUACAGAACAGACCUUAUCCAGCCUCACCCCAAUAUCCUCCUCAGCCCAGUGGUGUCGCAAGACCAGCUGCUCCACCUGUACCAGUCGAAUCUCAUUCCACUCCUAUUCACGGCAGCAGCCCAUACCCACCUCAUCAACAGCAGCAGCAACAGCAACAACAACGCCCACCGUACAACUAUGGUGCCAGCAUGAAUACACCACGCCCUUAUCCUCCUCCCAACCCUACCCCAUCCAUCUCAACUGGAUCACAGCAUGCAUAUCCUCCUCAGCAGCAGCAGCCAUAUCCUCCUGCUAACCAAAGCAGUCGCCCUGUCUCAUUUGGUGGUCAACCGUCUGCUGCUUUCAAUGGCAAUCGCCCUUCGUCGCCACCUGUGCCUGGAUCUGGUGGUAAUUUCGGCAACUCAUCUGCACCUUUGCACGCUCCUCUUUUAUCUUCCUCUUAUAGCCCACAAUCCAACACAGGCCAUCCUAGUUAUGGUGGAGGCUAUCCAUCUAGUGGCAACAAUGGCUAUCCACCAAGCAGUGGCUAUCCUCCACAAAACAGCAAUGCUGGUAACAGAAACAGCUACCCUGCAUAUAAUACCAGUAGCCCCUAUCCACCUCAGCAUUCAUCAUUCGGAUUCCCUGAGCCACAACAGUUUUCUGGUGGAUACAUUCCUCAUGCUGAUCCCCUGGGUACACCUUUUGCCGCUCAUCAAGGCACUUUCCCACCACCUGCCCACAACGGCUAUCCUCCACCUACAAGCGGUAGUUACCCGCCCCAACAGCAUCAAGGAGGUUAUCCUCCAAGCGGAUAUCCACCUUAUCAGUAA